GCCGCACAACUUAAAAUGCCGAGUUCCAAGAAGGAACAAAGGAGCGGACAAGACAGCGUCAAGAUGGACGACGCGGGCGUUGGCGUCGCCGGGAGAGAGACGGAAGCCGACGAGCCUCGAGACGCGCGGGUUGUGCGGGAGCUUUUGAGGUCGAUGGGGGUCGGGGAGGGGGAAUACGAGCCUCGAGUGUUGCAUCAGUUUCUAGAGUUAUGUUACCGGUACGUCGUCGACAUACUUUCCGACGCCCAGGUCUACGCCGAACAUGCUGGAAAGAAUAACAUCGAUCCCGAUGACGUUCGCCUUGCGAUUCAGUCUAAGAUCAACCUCUCCUUCUCGCAGCCCCCGCCCCGCGAGGUUCUUCUUGAGCUUGCUCGUACCAGAAACAAGACGCCAUUGCCCAAGACAAUCGCACCACCUGGUUCUAUCCCACUGCCACCUGAGCAGGACACACUCGUCAGCCCUAACUAUCAGCUCUUGAUACCUAAGAAACAUCUCGCACAAAUUGAGGAGACUGAGGAGGAUGAAGAUGGUGGUACGAAGCCCAAUCCCAACCCUAACACUAACUCUAACCCUAACUCUUCUGUUGAACAGAGGACAGAUGCUGAGCAGCAGCAAAUGCAAGCAAUUCCUCAAAAGGUGUCAUUUGCUCUUGCCUCCUCUGCUGCUGCGCCAGCUGCUAAGCGUCAGAGGUGUUGAGCUCAGGAAAUUAUUGGGUUCGGUCACAGGACGCCGUGCGGAGCCCAAUGAAAAUGCGCCACAUCACCCCCUACUUGGUACUGAGAUCGGUAUUGUUCAUUACCGAGCUCGGUAUUGCUCGAUAUUGGAUACGUGGUUGCACUUGAUUGAUCUCCGAACGAUAAGUUGUGUCCGAUGACCAAACUCAAUAAUUUCCCUUUGAGCUCAGCAUGAGCAGCUGAGUCUGUUUUUUAUGGAACAAAUUUGUGUCAGAGUGAAUUUUUAGAAGUAUUAAAUUUAUUAUGAGAUGCAUAUAAUAUAUACAAAAAUAAUAUCCUGAGCUAUUAUAAUUAAAAAUUUGAUCAGCAUUUCAGCCCA